GCGUCGUUUUGAUUGGGCGACUGAGCUCACAAGACGAAUUCGAUGUUUGAACCAAAGUGCAUGCAGGUUUUACCUUGACCAUCUCACCGAGUUUCAAGUUGAUUCACGUCCAAAGAGGGACAUCGUAUCAAUCUACCGAAAAGGUUUGGUCG